AACCGGCUGAACGUUUCCCUCUUUUCGGAAAAAGACAAUAAAUAAAAAGGAAACACGAGAAACAAAGAAUCCUUCUGGAAUCUGACCCUAUAUGCGUCGUUUAUAUCAUAAUAACAUUAAAAAAUAUUACGCAACGGAGUAAUCCGUCCGCGUGUGUCGCUUGCGUCGUGUUCGUGUGCUGUUCGAAGAUUCCGUCGUAGAAUUUCAGGUUAAGCGAUAAAAAGAUUUUUAACGAAACAUGGCGUUUACUUAUAGAAAGCUAAUUUUCAAUCCCGUAUUUAAGAACGGCGUCAAGCAACUGUUUUACGUCGAACAAUUUGUUAAACACCAAUUUUACGGACAGUUGGCAGCGUCGUCGUAUCUGUCGAGUGCGAUAACGCAAAGGUUUUACAGUACUAAAAAAGUAUUCAGCAGGGAUAAGCCGCAUUGCAAUGUCGGCACGAUCGGACAUGUGGAUCAUGGAAAGACGACGCUUACCGCAGCUAUUACCAAAGUUCUCGCCGAGAAGGAACUUGCUACGGCGAAAGCGUACAGCGAUAUCGAUAACGCACCCGAGGAAAAAGCACGUGGUAUUACCAUUAAUGUAGCCCAUAUUGAGUAUCAAACGGACAAUCGUCAUUAUAGUCACACGGAUUGUCCGGGACAUGCAGAUUAUAUUAAGAACAUGAUCACUGGUACUGCUCAAAUGGAUGGAGCUAUCCUUGUCGUGGCUGCUACUGACGGUGCUAUGCCACAGACGAGAGAGCAUCUUAUCCUCGCUAAGCAGAUCGGCAUCGAAUACAUCGUUAUCUUUAUCAAUAAGGUCGAUGCUGCAGACGACGAAAUGGUCGACUUGGUGGAGAUGGAAAUAAGAGAACUAUUGUCUGAAAUGGGUUACGAUGGCGAGAAAAUACCUAUAAUUAAAGGUAGCGCACUCUGUGCAUUAGAGGGCAACAAACCAGAGAUAGGAAAGGAGUCGAUAUUUAAAUUAUUGGAAGCUGUCGAUAGUCAUAUUCCGACUCCCAUCAGGGAUUUGGACAAACCAUUCUUAUUACCUGUGGAGAGUGUUUAUUCGGUACAGGGUAGAGGAACUGUGGUCACCGGCAGAUUGGAACGUGGCAAAAUAAAGAAGGGCAUGGAUUGCGAAUUGAUCGGUUUCAAUAAAUGCUUGAAGACCACGAUAACGGGGAUAGAGAUGUUCCAUCAGACGCUGGAGGAAGCCCAAGCCGGUGAUCAAAUGGGAGCUUUGCUCAGAGGUUUAAAAAGGGAGGAUGUCAGGAGGGGCAUGAUAAUGUGCAAACCGGGUUCGAUGAAAGCUCACGACCACAUGGAAUGUCAAAUAUACAUGUUGACUCCCGCCGAAGGGGGUAGGAAGAGACCUCUCAACAAUCUUAUGCACAUUCAAAUGUUUUGUAAAACGUGGGACGUCGCCGGAGAGUUGAAUUUAGUAAACAAGACUCUAGUUAUGCCUGGUGAAGAUUUUACCGCUGCAUUGAAGUUGAUCAGGCCAAUGGUAUGCGAAAAGGGACAACGAUUCACGAUAAGAGACGGGACGACUACGAUAGGAACUGGCGUAAUCACGAAUGUAUUGAAAGGACUUAGUGAACCUGAACGACAAGAACUUCUCGAAGGUAGAAAGAAGAAGAAAGUAGCAGCUGAAGCUUAAUUUCAUGCAUUUAUCGCAAUUAUCGCGUGACACCCAAAUAAUUGAAUCUAAUAGAACUGGAUCUAAAAUGUAUACACCAAUAUCGUAACGUGAUCAGCUUUAGACAUUUUAUGUGCAAGUAAGUUCGAUCAUUUGUAUCAAUUUUUUUUCUCGCCGUCGUUCAUGGCCGGUCAGUUUCUAAAUAUUAAGUUGUGCUACCUUUACUGUACAUACGCGUUUAUCGAUUGUACGCAAAUGAAAACUGUCCUAUCAUGUAUGUAUCAUUGAAUAAAUUGUUCUUUUAUAUGA